CUGAAGUCACUGUGACGGAAGUGUCACCUAUAAAUGCGUCUACACAAGUUGGAAAAUACACAGAAGUAGUUGUGGCAGUAGUUCCUGCUAGACAUUAGGCGGUUUACAACAUCGUAAUAAGUUGAAAGGAUUCAGGACAAUAACAAAGAAAUAAAUACAAAAUGAAAGGUUUACUAGCCACCAUAAAUAUGGCAAAAAUGCUGUUAACUCUUUUUGGCCUAUUGAUCAUCCAACAGCAUGUAGUUGAAGCAACUUACUCAAUGAAUGAAACGUGCGCAUACUAUACCGGUUAUAUUGCCAAUCCUACUAACUGCCAAGGUUGGGGUGCUUGUGAAAACGGAGUACUGGUGGCUACAGGACUUUGUGGCGAAGGUUUGCUAUACGAUUCGAAAAGAGGUAUAUGUAACUAUGCAAGUCAAGUACAGUGCAGUACCUCCGCAGCGGAUAUUUGUGCCAAUUCGAACGAUAAUACUUUAGUCGCUCAACCUAGUGACUGUACUUCAUACUGCUAUUGCAGAAAUAAAACGAUAAGAGGAUGUACGACAUGUCCUAACAACCAACUUUUCAAUCCAAGUACAGGCCAAUGUGUUAACAGAUAUGUCUGCCCAACGGAUUCCAUUUGUCGUUUAAUUCCAAAUAACAAAUUCGCUGGCGCUGAAACGUGUGGCAAAUAUUUGAGAUGUCUAGAUGGCUCGGGAACUGAAGGUAGCUGUAGAACAGGCUAUUUUAAUGCCUUAACUGGAAAAUGUCAAACCAACAAUCCGUGCUCUACUGUUAGCACAAAUCCAUCUUCAAUUAAUACAAUCGUAUGCUCGGGAUAUAACUUAACCUCUGGAAUUCAGUAUUUAUCGGAUAAUUCAACAUGCUAUGGCUACUAUACGUGUACUAGUUUAUUAGGACCGGGUCUAUGGAGAUCAUGUCCAUACACGCUUCAGUUCGAUAGUACAAGCAGCAGGUGCGUCCAGGCUAACCAAAUAAAAUGUCCAUUUAAUCGUUGUGCAAAUAUCAAUCUCCGUUUUGUGACUAACGCUUCAUCCAAUUGCACAAGCUAUUAUUAUUGUAGUGGUGGAAUACAAGGUUCUACAGCUACGCCUUGUCCAACAAAUGCUCCAUAUUUUAAUGAAAUUAUCCAAGCUUGUGUCACAGUGGCUCCGACGUUUCCGAUUUGUACUUGAAAUAUUAUAUACCAUAUUAAUAUUAAAUAAUAAUAAAUAAAGGCAUGACUCAAUUGUA